CACAACUUAUCCGAGUUUUUCACAGGGUUUUGUCCCAUUCGUUUUGCUCCGAUUGAUUUUCUCCCGCCUCUACGUAAGCGUUCCUGGCACCUCCUUUGCCUCCCUAUUCAACCAAACAUACCUUGCGCCAUCAACUUGCAUACCGUCUACACACCCGGCUGACCAUGCACGCCUACUUUAUUUAACCAGACCAUGAUCAUUCCGACCUCUGAAGCGCUAUACACAAAUACACCGACUUCCUUUAAUCUGACUACAGUCGGUCCGGUUUCCGAAGCGUCAUACCUUCCCUCUCUGGCCUCUGGAGCCAACGAAAACGACGACGACAGUGACAGUACCGUCGAUCCCGACGACUCGGCAAGCCGCGUACGACCUCCGAGACGCCCCCGCCGCCAUUCACGGGCGCCCCCAGCCCCGCCGGCCGAGCAAGAGCCAAUACAAGACCUCGUUAACGUUGCUCUCCCUGCCGCACAAGCAGUGUCUCUCUGGUGUGCAAGCCACGACAGCAACACACGGGAGCUCGAGGUGCCUGCAAACCUCAUCCGUCAAAUCGAAGAACGGACGCAGAGGCGUGUACAAGCCCAGGUUAAUGCCUACAAUGAGCGACGGGCUCGGCUGCAGCAGGCCCGCGACGCAAUGGCGCGCCAGAUACUAGACAUUCGAGCGGUUCUGCAAACAGUCGUCACCUAGGUUUCUUCUUUCUGUUCUGUUUGCUCGACUCCCGAUCCAAAGAGCAUGCUACGUACAUACAAGAGAAACAAAGCAUCUCAAAAGGGAAUAGACGCGCCAGACACUCCGUCUCUCGCCUUAUCAAUUGUCUCCCCAUCACUAGUGACUAUGCUCAUCCAUCAGUCUCGUUAAACACCAA